GGGCGGAGGGAUCGUCCGUCGUCCCCAAUAAUGCCGUGACAAGCAGCCAACGAACGCCUCUUUCCGAGAUCUCAUCCCCCACCUUGUCUCUUUCCCCUUCCUCCCCAGCGAAUCACAAUCGCCCCUUCUUGACCCCUUCCAAUUCCGAUCCCGUUUCGCGACAAGCCACCGCUUUCUUGGCUGGUUCUUCCGGAUUGGAGACAAAAAAGCCGCCGCCGCUGCUGCUCCUGCCAUUGCUGCUGCUUCCUGGCGUGAUUGGGACUAAAAGAGGCAACCAGGGCUCGAUUCGAGGCAAGCUUGUUUUCGGAUCCAGGGCGGGAAGGGACUGGAUUGGCGGUGUGUUGUCGGUCUUGUUGUUGUUGUUGUUGUUGUUGUUGCUGUUCUUGGCAUGAGCGUAGGGGAAGAUGGGGCUGGACUACUACAACGUGCUCAAGGUGAACCGGGGCGCCACGGAGGACGACCUCAAGAAGUCGUACCGGCGGCUGGCCAUGAAGUGGCACCCCGACAAGAACCCCGGCGACAACAAGGGAGAGGCCGAGGCCAAGUUCAAGAAGAUCUCCGAGGCCUACGAGGUUCUGAGUGAUCCUCAGAAGAGAGCGAUAUAUGAUCAGUACGGGGAGGAGGGCCUGAAGGCAUCUGCAGACAACGGUGGCUCGUCAUCGUCAUCGAUGAAUGGCACCGCUAACCACCGUUUUAAUCCCCGGAAUGCCGAGGAUGUGUUCGCUGAGUUCUUCGGUAGCAGCAAGCCUUUUGAGGGGAUGGGGCGUGCCAAGUCGAUGAGAUUCCAGACAGAAGGCGCUGGCACCUUUGGUGGGUUCGGUGGUGGUAAUGACAGCAAAUACAGAUCAUACAAUGAUUCCGCUGGCACCAGCUCUAGCCAGCCCCGGAAGCCACCAGCUGUGGAGACGAAGCUGUCCUGCACGCUUCAAGAGCUAUACUCUGGUUCAACGCGCAAGAUGAAGAUAUCUAGGAACGUGGUGAAGCCUAAUGGGCAACUGGGGACUGAAUCCGAGAUUCUGACGAUCGAUAUAAAGCCCGGGUGGAAGAAAGGGACCAAGAUCACAUUCCCAGACAAGGGCAAUGAGCAGCCAAACCAGCUCCCUGCAGAUCUCAUCUUCGUCAUCGAUGAGAAACCCCAUGAUCAGUACACAAGGGAAGGCAACGACCUCCUGGUCUAUCAGAAGAUUGACCUGGUGGAUGCAUUGGCAGGAACCACGGUUAACCUGAAGACCCUUGACGGGCGUGAUCUGGUGAUAAAGCUGACAGACGUGGUGACACCAGGGUAUGAGCUUGCAAUCGCAAAGGAGGGGAUGCCUAUCGUCAAAGAGAACGGGAGGAGAGGAAAUCUGAGGAUCAGGUUCGACGUUGAUUUCCCAAAGAGGUUGUCAUCGGAGCAGCGGCAGAAUAUUAGGAAGGUUCUUGGAGGGCAACCUUAGCAGCAAUGAUCAAACCCCGGAUGCAAAUUCAGCUACCCUCUAGUUCUCCACGAAAUGCAGACUAAUUCAGAUGUUCUUCUUUUUCAGUUGGCUUGUAUGUCUAGUUACUUUUGGUUUGCAGGAAUUUCCUGAUUUGCUCCUUUGUUGACAAGAUAGCAAUAUUAAUUGUUGACUAGAUACAGAUUACAGUGUGACAUUGAAUUUUUUUUUUCACCUCUUCUA